CGAGAGACCUCUGCCGCGUCCUGGUAUUGCGGGUGUUGGCGCCACACCCAGUGCUACUGUUGAUGCGCAUAUGACUGGUACUUCUUUCAGCGGAGGUGGUUUUGCUGGCUAUGCUGCUGCUGGUACCGGUUUCCACAACGCGUAUAACAACAACAAUGACCAGAGCAUCAACAACCACCACGUCCAUCAUAACAACACUUACACCACAAACAGCAAUGUCGGAAACAUUAACAACGGCAACCCGGUGUUCACCGGCACACAGGCGACGCACCCCUUCAUUGCCACCGCCCAGGACAUCGCCAACAACGUCAUGGCCCGUGCCUCUAACACUCACGUCAACUCUGGGACGUUCCGCGGCGCCCUCUUCGCCAUCGCGCAACGCCUUGCGCGAUGCUGGACUGUGACCGCAUUGGCGCUGCCGACGGGUCCGGCUGUUGCGGCGCUGACCGUCCAGGUUAGGGGUGUGAGGGACGGCUCAACCGUGAGGGAAGGCCCGGAUGUUGGAGAAAACGCUGAUGCUGCCAACGCUGGUGACGAGGCCUCCUUCGCCACAGAGACUGGCAUGGCGCUUGCGGCCAUGCGCGCUGGAUCGGCUGCUCGCACUGGAGGUGUUGGAAACAUAGGCGCCGAAAACAACAACGAUGGAGGCACCAUCCUUCAGCAGGCUGUCCAGAUCGGAGGCUCCCCGACGCAGCAGGUUGUGCAAAUAGUUGAUUGGAUCCGUCGCCUGAUUUCGCGCCAGGCGGACAUGCUCAUUCUGCCGGACCUGGUCGACCUUCAGACCCUUGCGGAGAUGGUGGAGAGGGCGGCCGGUACUGCGGGUGGCGCGCAGGUGGUUGGAGAGCUGCGGGAGCGCUACCUGGAGCUCGCUGCCUGGUGCAUCAUCCUUGCUAUCUGGAGGACGGGUUAAAUGGCGAUUGGGUCUUGGAAGGGCGGGUGGGUGGUUAUUUCUGGAUUCUUCUGGGGUGGGUUUUAUGCGAAACUAGUUUUUCUUAGCGAUGAUUCUGUUGCCAAGGGUUCUGUAGUAAGGCUUGCUUUGCCUUCCUUCCCUUGGGGCAGCUUGGGUAUUAACAAAUUGGGUG